UUCCAAUCAUUUACAUAAUUCCUCCACAACCAUUAAAACCAUUUACUUACUCACUAGUCACAACCUCCAAUCACCAAAGCAGACAUGAAUCAAACUCUCUUUUCUUUCUCACUUUUUCUACUCAUGUUAUCCUCAUUGUAUUCUCCUAACACAGCAGCAACCGAACCAGUAGCAUCGCCAAAACAUGCUCUGGCACCAAAAGCCGCAUCACCAGCAUCAUCAAAACCAUUAGUCCCGACAUUACCAGACUCACCAGACACUUCUGAUUCCACCCCAGACGAUAUAACCAAAAUUCUCAAAAAGGCUAAAACAUUCACCAUCCUAACCCGCCUCCUAAAAACUACAGAAAUCAUGAGCAGCAUAAACUCACAGCUCAUAACAGGAAAAAGCGGCGGACUAACGAUCCUUGCACCAGACGACUCAGCUUUCUCACAACUCAAAGCAGGGUUCUUGAACUCGCUAAACGAAAACAAAAAAAUCGAACUCUUACAGUUCCACAUCCUGCCACAGUUUGUUGAUAGCAAUAAUUUCGAUUCUCUUAGUAACCCUGUUGAGACAGUGGCAGGGAAAGACCCUUUAAAGCGUCCAUUGAACUUCGAAUCGUUGGGUAACAGUGUUAAUAUUUCAACUGGUGUAGUUAAUGCUACUGUGACUGGUGUGGUUUAUCAAGAUAACAAGCUUGCUAUAUAUCGUUUGGAUAAAGUAUUGCUUCCUCUUGAUUUCUUUGGAACUAAGGCUCCUGCUUCUGCUCCUGUUGCUGCAAAAGCACCUAAAGCUGGUAAGGGGAAAUCUUCUUCUGCAGAAGAUGAGGGUGAGACAACAACACAGGAUCAAAAAAGUUCUGGAGCAGUGAGUUUGAUUGGAACCGAAGGAACAACGUUGGUGUCUAUUGGAGUAGCUUUUGUUGCAGUGGCUAUGUUUGGCAGCUGAAUAUGAAUUUUUAUGAAACAGUUAGCCACGUUUCUUUUCUCUGGACUUUAUUUUGGUCUGUUCUAUUGUUGGUGUGAAGUGAACCGUGUUUGUUCCUUUUUGUCUAAGUGUAAAAUUGUUUGAAUA